CGCAAUACCACCCACAUCACCACUCUCUCUGCAUACACUCCACCUACGCCAAGACUCGGUCAUCAUGUCGACAACCGCUACUGCUGCGGCUACCGCAGACAAAGACAAGGCCAACCCCCCACCAACAGUAGACCUCUCUACCCUCCCCACAUCCGCCCUCACAUCCUACGUAGAGUACUAUUCCCUCGCUCCCAAUUAUCCACCAGCGCGUCCAGCGCGCGCUCGUUCUUCCACUCCAUCAGACUUCUACGAUGAGGAGGACGAGGCUGAAGACGAUGACGCAGCCGCAGGCGAAGAAGGAGCGGACGAUGAGACAGGACAAGGAGAGGGCGCCGAGGACCAACGAACAGAGGAGGAGAUCCUUGCCGAGGCAUCCGGAAAGCGUAGAGCAGCCUUAGCAUCUGCCGCAGCUACAUCAACGUCCUACUCCGGUAAAGCCUCCGACCGCUUUCGCGCUCGUUCCCCACCGGCGACGACGACUCCCGGUGGCCCCUCCGCGGGCAAGAAGCGCUCCCACGCCGACGCAGAGGACGGCGAGGAUGUCCCGAGGGAAAGGGAAGGGGAGCCCUGUCCUGACGACUUCUUUGACGAGGAAGACGCCAAGAGUUAUUUGGCGGGGCUUGCACAGAAGCACUUCGCUGCACAGCAGGCCCCGAAGGAAGGCGAGGUGGUUGUUGGGUUCCUGUAUAGGUGUAGGACUAAGGACAAGUGCCUCAAGAUCGCGUAGACGAUGGGAGAUCGUGGACUCGCCUGACCUCACCUCCCUUGACACCAACGGCCAGGAAAUGAUUGUCUAGCAUGUAUUUGUAUCGCUGCUUUCGACCUCCAAUACCAACGCCCCUUACCACACACAAAGCUCUCUUGGUCGCUGAAGUCCUUCCGCGGUGCUGUUGCCGCCUCGAGCUGUCCUCGAAGCCCUUCUUCAACCCCGGGCGCCAGGAGACCACAAGCGCAUCACGCCAGCAGUCGCCUAGAAUCUCUAACCAGAAUCAGACGCACGAUGACCUGCUCACUCGUAAUCGCUAUGAUCGUGAG